CAGCCUUCACUUUACGUCAUUCCUUUUCAGGGGCAGCUGCGGGUCCAUUGGUGGACGUUGCUCAGCUUUUUAUAUCACUGGUGGGCAAUUUUCUCCCACCUCCUAUCCUCGCCAUUGUAUCACUGCCAGUCUCCGCUCUCGUACAGACGAUAAGAAUGUGGUUUUCGUGAGAAACUGGACGAACGGUGUAAUCAUAAUUAUCUGACACUUUGGCGCUGUUUGGGAUAUCGAUAUACCAAUGCUUUAUUUUCAAGUUCCGGAGUACCUAGACGUGGUUCGUUCUCCAGAUACUGUACCGACUGGACAUUGACUAAAUCGUUCUCGUCAUACUGCUGCUCCGUGUUCCGUGAGUGAGGAGGAGACGGGGAGAGUGGCGUGCUCAGCUGCGUGUAGACGUGUGUCUGAUAUAUGUUUGGUAAAGGGGCAAAGCGGAAACUGGACCAGGAUGAAGAGGGGCUGGAAGGCAAAGCGCUGGCGGCCGCAGCCCCGGACGGCCUGUCCAAGGUGUCCUACACCCUGCAGAGACAGACCAUCUUCAACAUCUCCCUCAUGAAGCUCUACACUCAGCGUCCGCUCCGCGAGCCCGGUUUAGAGCGGCGGGUGCUCAUCAACAACAUGCUCCGUCGCAUCCAGGAAGAGCUCAAACAGGAAGGCUCUCUUAGGCCCCUCCUCCUGCCGCCCUCUCCUCCGCCGGACGACCCCAUGGACGAGGGCUUCCGCGAGGCCCCGCCCUCUUUCGGGGGGCUGUCGUUGGUGACGUCCACGCCCUUCUCCCAGCAGUCUUCGGUGUUGUCGCCGGCGACGCCGUUCUCGCCACACCCCCUGACUCCACCCACCUGUCAGUCAGUCCAAUCAGGACCCGCCAUGCUGGAGUCUUGCCUCACGCCUGCCUCGCUAUUGGAGGAGGACGGCGAUGCCUCCUUUUGCACUUCCGCCCCUCCAACACCUCCCCUUUCCCCCUCCCCUCCUCCCGGCCCUCUCCCAAACCAGGUAUCCCCCAGGGUCCCUGUGCCUGCCCCACACAGAGACACUUUUUUCUUGUCCCUGAACGACAAAGAGGAUUUAUGCCCACCCUUGACUGUACCUCCUCACACCACUACUACCUCCCUCACAGCGGCCCUCACACAGCCCCCUCAACAGCCCCCUCAACAGCCCCCUCAACAGCCCCCACAACUGCCCCCACAACUGCCCCCACAACUGCCCCCUCAACUGCCCCCCUUGCAAUCCACCAUCUGUCCAACGACACAACCCAAAGACUGCACGAAAACGGGGAGUCCGAAAGGGGAGGGACCGGUUUUCCUCGCCGACGGCCGUGGUCCUGAGGCCAAACAGACGCCCUCUAGUGGCCUGGUAGACGUAAGCUCCUCCCCUUCCUCUUCCGUUAGCUCCUCCCCUUCCUCCUCGUCGGGGUUCCUGUCCGACCUGGCACUCGACGACAUCCUGUUUGCCGAUAUCGACACCUCCAUGUAUGACUUUGACCCCUGCACGACCUCUGCCGCUGCCCCCGGGGGCGGCCUGUCCAAACUGUCGCCCAUGGUGACCGCGGACGACCUCCUCAAGACUCUGUCGUCCCCUUACAGUGGCCCCGCCCCCCAGGUCACACCCAAUCAGCCUUUUAAAAUCGACCUGAGCGAACUGGACCACAUCAUGGAGGUUCUGGUGGGGUCGUGACCCCCGGAUCUGACGAGCGGUGCUCAACGCGUCUCUUUAGAGAUCUUUACAGUUGCUGUUUUGUACAGUUUUCAAAACGAUCGAUCCAACGUCAGAAAGGAUCGCCGGUGAGGUCACAGAGUACUACUGCUACUUGCACAACACUGUGCAUGCUCUGGGCUUGUCUUUCAAACCCAGGAAACACACACACACACACACACAAAAUGGCUUUCAGCAGAUUUGAGUGCCUUCAUCAUAUGCGACCAUUUGCUAAACUUUAAAUGUGUAUUUUAUAAUUGUUGUCUCUUUUCACUGUAAAACAUGGAUGUUAGGACUGUUUUAAAUGUAUCUGAUUUGACUGAUUUACAGAUAAUUACUGAUUAGAAAAUAAUAGGUAUUGAUUGUUGUUUAACUUAUAUCCCUCUGCAAGUGUUACUUUAUAAAAGAAAAGCAAGCACAGACUUUUUAGCAAGAUCUGUUUUACCAGUGUGUAGCAAUAUUGAAAUUAUUAUUAUUUUUUUUAUGCUUCAGGAUCAAUCGAAUUUGUUUCUGUUUAUCCCUUGUGGGUUAUAGUUCCGUCUGAACUCCAGAAUUCCAUGAACAGCUUUACUCGAUGAUGUCACAGUGUGAACUCACUGACCUGAGCAUCUCUGUCAUACCGUCAAAGAAACAAACCAGAUCUGAGAUCCACUCUUAAUCCCCACACGCUCCUCUUGGGGAUCGCUCUCAACAGUGAUGUUUGAUCAAAGAUGUUAACAGGAAAACGUUGCAUAUUAACUACAAAAUCAACCAAACUACAGGGACUACAGGUUUCUAGGACGCAGGCAUCAAAACAUCUGAUCGCCGCUAUGCUGCACAGCAAGUGCACUAAUAGUUACUAUGCAUGCUUGUGCGCAAAUCCUCCAGCCUCCAAAAUGGCAGCCAAUCAAACUCACUGGCCAGCUUUAUUCUGAUGUCUUUAUACACAUUUGUGUGUAUAUAUUGAAAUCCAUAUCACUAUAUGUACCAUUCAUAAUUAUGAGAUUAUGGGCUGCCAUGUUGAUUUGACUGGCAUCUGUUCCUUCGGUGACACGCAUGCCUUGCCCCCUGCAUGAUGAGUUUCAUACAGUUUGUAUUGUGGAGAACUUACAAUGUUUGACCAAAAUAAUUGUGAUUUCAGUGAAUGCAACAAGCCCUCCAUGUUUUAGUCUUGUAUGUUUUUGCAGAAUGUCAGGGGAGAUGUGUGUUCUGUGGCAACACUGGAAGCUCCCCUCAGGCGGUGUACGCUAUCACAUCUCAUCGGUUCCCUCGAGCUAUUAGCUAUUAUUUAUUAUUUAGAUUUAGUUUCAUAGGAGAGUCAGAGUUAGUAGAUGUUUGAAAUACCUGUCUUAAAGGCUAAGCCUAUCUUAGCCUUUGGUGCUUCCUGAAAAGCUAUGAAAGCCUAGGUUUGUUUUUGGGUACAUUUGAAAUAAGACCCCUUUAAAAGGCAUUGGUUACACCAGCUGGCUCAGGUUUAAUGUGUUCAUAGAUGUCGUCGUGCUGGUUUGCGGUAAUGUUCAGGUAGAGGUAGAGAACAGUACCAUCUAAUGUUAUGAAUUAGUAUUACUAAUCAGAGAUUUGUGAUAGUAUGCAGGUCGUCUUGGAAGCUCUGGAGCAGUACUGAGCUGCAGGUAGAUGUCGACAUCUCGUGUGUUCUCGGUCUGUUCGACGUCGUCAAUCGUUUCCUCAGGAGUUCUCUCCCACGAAGCUUCCUGCGUUCGUUGGUCACAUGACCACGUCCGAGGUCAUCGGAACACCCAGGGGCCUAUCUCAACUAUACAGGUUCACCGCUUCGGUUGUUUACAUUUUUGACUGAUCUAUUGAAAUAUGAAAUAUUUAAUUUAAUAUAUGAUAUUGAAUUUAAUAUUUAAUAUAAUAUGAAAUUAAAACUAAUCAAAAUUGUUGUCCCACUAUUGUACUGUACUACUAUUGGACUAUAGUAUCUGGAAGUUACUUUAGCAGAUUGAACGGAUGCCACUGUUUGUUUAUCAGAAGCCUGGUUAUCUUCACACAUAUGGAGUGAUGUUUCACUUUAUACAUAUACUGGUUUACAAGAAAUGAACUAACAGUGUUUUAGACGUGAUUAAGUCUGGAAGCUGAACCAGCUUGACUGGUUUUGUGACGGAGAGUGGGUGACGUGAGGGACCAUGGUUACUGUCCAUCCACACACACGGCCCAUGUUUAACAGCUCUUAUCUGAUUCGCUUCACAUCAUUUGUUUAUAAAAGUAUGCAAUCAAAGGUCCUGGGUGGCACCUUUCACUGGCCACUACUCUGCCUUUACAACUCUGCUUAACCCUCGUGCUGCCUUCGGGUCACAUGACCCAAAGGUUCAUAACGAACCAUCGUUGUGUUUACCCAAUUUUACCCAAUACAAAAACAAAUUAAAAUAAUUUUCUUUUAACCUUUGCAAUGUGGGGGGUCUGAGACAGCCUAGCUGUUAAAAGAAAAUGCUUCACUUUGUCUUUGUAUGCGGUAAAUCUGUCGCAAUACGACGGUGGGUCACAAUGACUGAUGGGUCAGAAUGACCCGAAGAUAACACAAGGGUUAAGGUAGAUUUAGUUUUAGUAAAAAAAAUAAAAUUAAAAAAAAUUGCAUUGUUGAAAAGGCAAGACUUUGCAUGGUAAUGUACGUAGGUGCUGUAAUGAUGUGCAAGCUUUGCACAUUGGUUCAAUGUGAUCAAUCACCUUUGUACAUUUGAGUGUGUUUAGGGCGUUACUGAUAAAAGGCAGAGAUACAGUACUGGGCCCAUAGCCUUUUUGCAGUGCCACCAUGUAACGUGAAAGUUGAAAUCUACGAUUAUACACAUUUCCUACUGGAAGAAAUAGUAUUUCAGCCCAUCUCCCACAUGGUUGGUGUGACUGAUUAUGAGUACUUGGAGAAAGAAGGGUGGGUGUCUUGUUCAUAACCUUUAAUUAUUAUCUUUGGAAUUUUGGAGUGAUAAGUUUCUUAUCAGAGUUAUUUAUUCUCAGUUUUGUUUUCCUGUGUAAAUAUAUUUAUUUUGUUGUUGGAAGUUUUUUUUUUUGGGGGGGGGGGAGGGUGGGGGGGGGAUUGUAAAUGUGUGUAGUAGGAUUGUCCUCUGCAGGUAGGAAUGUAGUCUGGGUGGGUGCCAUGUUUGUAUCUCGUUUUCAUUUAUUUUGUUUGUUUAUUCGGGGUGGCGGUUUGACCCACAAGGUGCUUGGACCCUAAUAUAAUCUUUAUUUACAUAUUUUAAUUUUCUGCUUGUGUGAAAGUGACGGUUCAAGCAGCAAUACUACAAACUUUCCAACUUCCGACGUCGAGACUCCAAAGCCAGUUGUCAGACUUUCAAUGCCAGAAGUCCCGUACACACGGGACACACACACGACUCAUCUCACUCUCUGGAUUGUGAUCACUGUUUGACAUGAAUGCCAGUUUAUCGAUGUCUUCAACCUGUUGUUAAGUUCGGCCCAGCCAUAUGAAGGUGUCUGGGUUAAAGGGUGGUUGUCUGUUCACUGGGAAACGUAUAGAGCAGUCCAGGUAGAUCUCCCCUCCCCUGUCCAAAUAAGAAGGCUGUAUUUUUCACAGACCUUAGAGCUGUGCCUUUUUCUAUGCAAUACUACCAACACACCCGCCUGAGAAACAGAUCAAAGAAGAGUAAAUCAACUGUACCACUGUAUUGGCAUCAAGAUAUGGACUGUAGAAUAUACAUUUAAAAAAAGAUGGGCAAGUGUGUAUGAAUUUGAAACAGUCUUACUUUUGUAGUUUUAUAUUAUACAAUAAACUGUAAAAAGAACCAUCAA